AUGACUGUGAAGCCCCGGGUUCUCCUACUUAUCAUACUUAUCUAUAAGGUUGUGAUGCUUCUGCCUGUGCUGGGAGGCCUCAAGAACAAGGCUUUUUUUCCAGUUGGAAGAACAGUCACUGAGCAGUGCUGGGUACAGCCUCCAUUAAAGUAUUGUGUGAAGAGGUGCACUAAAUUAUUGGAGUGUUUAUCUCUCAAUCAUACAUGCUGUUGGACCUUCUGUGGAAACGUUUGCUUGGACAAUAGGAAAACUGAAUGUCUCCCCAAAAUCAUCCGAGACCUAUCCUUAAGGACCAUCUUCAGCUAA